AUGGCAAACCGUAUGCGUGCUAUCUUUUCGACCAAGCACUCUCUAACAUUACCAGCCCCAGUCUUGCACUACAUCGAAGACAUCCUCGAACAUAUCGAGGAAGAAGAAUGGGUAAACGGACUCGAACAUUGGGCGAAAGAGUAUCUCAAGGCGGAGGACUCUUCGUCGCUGGUGUCUUUGCCAGCCCUAAAGAAGGCUUUUGAGAAUCUCCAAAUGGGUGCCCCAGACGAUUCCGGCGAAGCCGACCCCUCCGAAGUCAACGUCGAAUCCCACUUUUCCGUCAUCGACGCCUUCUCCAUGCCUCCCAUGCGGUUCGACCCCGUCCGCGCCGGUUUCGUCUCUGCCCGGACCUUACCCUCUAUCGCUGGGCAGGCAAACUCGAGAUCGGCGUUUUUGAGGGAACGGUGGGCGAUCAUCAAGGAGAUUGUACUGAGGAACGAAAACUUUACGCCGCCUGCUAUUGGGGGGCAUGAUAGGGCGAACUACCUCAAAUUGACUUCGACGCGUAACCUCUUGGGACGCUCGGGACAGCUGUUCUUGUUGUUCGGGAUGUUGUCACGCAAUGAACAAGGAGCGUUGUGUCUGGAAGAUGGGGAGGGACGCGUGCCGCUUGAUAUGGACGAUGCGGUACCCGGAGAAGGGCUCUUCACUGAAGGGUGUAUGGUGCUUAUUGAAGGAGAGUAUACGGUGGAAGAGACGGUCCGCGUCUUUGCGAUGGGCCACCCGCCGAGCGAAAAGAGGGACGUUGCGCGGAGCUUGCACGGCCACGUCGACUUUCUCGGCGGCGGCGCCAUAUCGCUGAAGGAAGAACAAAAGUACACCCCCGCAGUACUCGCCAACACCCAAGUAUCAUUCGUCAUCCUCAGCGACGUGUGGCUGGACCAUCCGAGGACGCUGCCGGCGUUGCAGCGGUUGUUUGAAGGGUACGCGAAUGCUGCAGAAUUUAUGCCGAUGGUCUUUGUGCUAUGCGGCAACUUUUCGCAGGGGGGGUGGGAAGGGCCUGAAGGGCUGAAGAGGUAUACUAUGGGAUUCAACGCCCUCGCUGAAAUCCUGCACGACAUCCCUCUCUUAAAAUCAUGCCACUUUGUCUUUGUCCCCGGCCCUUCCGACCCUUGGUCCAGCUCGACCCUCCCCCGGCCUGCGAUCCCCUCAGCAUUCACUUCGCGUAUGCUCCAACGCGUACCGCAAGCGCGGUUCGUGAGUGAUCCGUGCAGGCUCAAGUACUUUGGGAUGGAGAUUGUGGUGUGUAGGGAGGAUUUGAUGGGGAAGAUGGUUAGGAAUUUGGUGGUGGUCAAGGAUGAUGCCGAGGUGGAUAUGAAGCGAUACCUCGUCCAAACGAUCCUCGAUCAAACGCACCUCUCCCCCCUUCCUCUGUCCGUCCGCCCGACGAUCUGGGAGUACGACCACGCCCUCCGCCUCUACCCCAUGCCUUCAGCCGUCGUAUUGGCAGACAAGUAUGAACGGUAUGAUCUGACGUACGAGGGGUGUCAUGUAUUCAACCCGGGUAGGUUUGUGGGUGGGGUAGGGGAGGAAGGGUGGGAGUUUGAGUGGAGCAUGUAUUACCCGGCGACAGGGAGGAGCGAGAGGAGUGUGUUGACGAUGGAGUGA